GAUACGAGUAUGCAUAUCAGACCCAUACCCAUGCCCAUGCCCAUGCCCACACCCAUACCUAUAUCUAUAUCCAUACACAGACACCGCCCUUCCCCGUCCCAAGCAAGUCACCCUCACCGUCCAUCGUACAGCUUUCCUCCGGUCUCCAUCGAGCUUAAUGUUCCUUCCGAUCCAUCCAUGCCAGGUCUGACGUUCCAGUUCCCAGUCCCCUCGCCCUGAAACAAGGGUCUGACUUGGAAUCCUCACCGGUUAACCCCGAUUCUCUCACCUCUCAGAGGCUCAACCACUCAAAUCAACCAGCAACUUGUUUCUGACACGUGCUAAGAUCCAUGUCCACCAAAUGCCCAACUCUCUACUUGAAGAAACUCAAACUUCCCAUCUCCGCCCUUGAGCACCUAACUCGGUCCACAGCCUCCUGAGUAUCUCAAUGUUGUGACUUUUGUCUUCGCCUUCAAUCGAGCUUCCUGGGGAAUCCUCACCUUGCACGAAUCGUUCCCGCAUGGGCAAUGGCGUCAGAGAAACCCGCAGUUUCUUCCAAAGACCCUAAAUGCAGUGACAGUGACGCAAGCUUGUCACGAGUUCCCACUCCCACCAGCCCCAUCGCCUUUGAACAGGACGGCAUCAACACUCGAAUCGCCGUGACUGAGGAUGGUCGUGUUGAUAUCGACAUCAGCAAGACCGACCAGAGGCUUGCUCAACAGAUUGAGAGGAUCAGACUCCAGACCCGCCAACACGAACCCCGGCCCCCCACACCUCCGCCAUCCUACGACAAAGCUGCCCAGUCACAACCUCCUCCGCCUCUUAAUAUUGUCAUUCAGAUUGUCGGCUCCCGUGGUGAUGUUCAACCCUUUGUCGCCUUAGGACAGGUCCUCCGACAAGACUAUGGCCAUCGCGUCCGCCUCGCAACCCAUGGCGUUUUCAAAUCCUUUGUCGAGGAGAAUGGCCUCGAGUUCUUUGAUAUUGGUGGCGAUCCGGCCGAGCUCAUGGCAUAUGUAUGUCACCAGUCACGCUUGAAAACCUUUUCCUUCCCAAUGAUCCCUGAUCACUAUCGUGGACCUGGCCCCACACACUGACAGUCUGCCUUCCCAGAUGGUCAAAAACCCCGGCCUCAUCCCCGGCAUCAAGUCCAUCAAGGCUGGCGACAUUGCCAAACGUCAAAAGGGCAUGGCUGAGAUCAUGGAAGCCUGUUGGAGAUCCUGCGCCGACUUGACUGAGAUCGAAGACGAGCAGCCGUCGAAACGAAAAACAAGAGCCUUUGUUGCACACGCCAUCAUUGCCAACCCUCCGAGCUUUGCUCACAUUCACUGUGCCGAAAAGCUCGGCAUUCCUCUUCAUCUCAUGUUCACGAUGCCAUGGUCCCCGACCCAAGAAUUUCCUCAACCCAUUGCAAAUAUCAAGUCGACCGCACAGGGGCCAAGCGCCAACAAUGAGAGUAGCUACUCCAUUGUUGAAAUGUUAACCUGGCAGGGUCUCGCCAGUGUCACCAACAAAUUCAGGCGAGAGACCCUGGGCCUGCCUGAACUGUCUACGUCAGCGGCCACCACCAUGAUCGAACGGCUUCGUGUCCCCUAUACCUAUUGCUGGUCCCCAGCACUCAUCCCCAAACCCAAAGACUGGGGUUCACACAUUGACGUUGCCGGAUUCUACUUCCUUCCUCUUGGCUCCCAAUAUCAGCCACCAGAGGAUCUAGCCGAGUUCCUCGCUGCCGGCGAGCCCCCCGUGUACAUUGGGUUUGGUUCAAUCGUAGUUGACGACCCCGAUGCCAUGACGACGUUAAUAUUCGAUGCUGUCAAAAAGACCGGUCAGCGCGCCCUAGUAUCGAAAGGCUGGGGCGGCAUCGGAGGCGACAAGCUCGAGAAGCCUGACGGUGUCUUUAUGUUGGGUAAUUGCCCACAUGACUGGCUCUUCCAGCAUGUCUCUGCGGUCGUGCAUCAUGGAGGUGCUGGGACAACUGCUGCCGGCAUCGCACUUGGAAGACCUACCGUUAUAGUCCCCUUCUUUGGCGACCAGCCAUUCUGGGGAUCCAUGGUUGCUCGUGCUGGAGCUGGCCCAGCGCCGAUCCAUCAUAAGCAGCUCACCGCCGACAACCUCGCACAGGCCAUCCUCGAGGCACUCAAGCCCGAAACACUCGAGCGAGCCAAGGAACUGGGAAACAGGAUUCACGAGGAGCGAGGAGCCGAAACCGGAGCCGCAUGCUUUCAUCAGCAGCUAGGCGUGGACAGGCUCCGAUGUGCCCUGGCUCCAGGCCGACCAGCCGUUUGGCGCGUCAAGACGAAUGAUUCGAAGCAAGGGAUUCGAAUGAGUGCCUUUGCCGCAACCGUGUUAGAGCACGAGGGGAUUUUGGACAUGAACCUUAUGCGCGUAUAUCGACCACAUGAAUGGAGACCUGAAGAAAUGAUUACGGGCAAGAACAUCAGCACGGCUAACCCUGUUGUCAGCAAAGCCGGUGCAUUUGCAUCAGGCCUGAUCAAUUACCCAGUCAAUUUAGCCAAGGCCUGGGGCGGACUAGCAACAGAACCGUACAAAGGGGCCAAAAAGGCUGGCUGGCGGGGAUUUGGCAAGGGCCUCAAGACUGGGGUCGGCGGAGUUUUGUUCCCUCGCCGAAGCCUUAUUGGUGGGCGAAGCUACAGCAUCCGGGCCAUCUAUGAAUCGAUGAAGGAGCGCAUGGACUCGGAAACCUUGAGCUUCAUCCUAGCCACGAGGUUCGCCGAGGGCUUCGAGGACCUUCGAAGCUCCACUGAGGAGGAACGAGCUGACGUGAUCAAGCAAUGGCACCAGUUAGACCCUGACCUCAAGGUCUCGAAGAAGAAGAACAAGGCUCACCCCUGGUCCAAGGCGGUUUCGAGCGACGAAACCGUCAAAGAGCAUGAGACUCGUGUUGAGGAACCAAAGUAGAGGAUGCAUCCAACCGACGACACGUGGAAGAUCAACAAAGUAACCCAGUAUUUUGUUGUGUCGAGGACAUUCUCACCAUCAAUAUUUAUGUCCUCCUGUUGAUCGUAUGCUGCUCCCUCUCUCCUCGACCCGAGUAAGCAUGUCCCCAAUCGGGCGUAUAUAAAUGACUGAAGCAUGACUGGGCGGCCCUAGUCCAGACCAAGAAGGAAACGAGUACUCCGUACAAACUUGGAGCCCUUGAGUGGAGACGGUGUUGACAAUCAUUCAAGUUCUCGUUGGUCACUACUAGAAGCCGGGAAUACCGACGGAUCCUGUUAGCCCUGGAGAUCGUCUCGCGUGCCUAACCAUUUCAAGCAAUGCAGUGCGCUGGCGAGUACGACAUGACGAUCUGACCGUGUUCCUGGACGAUACUUGGCUUGCAUGGUGAAAAGACCUGAUGUAGGGUGGGAGGCCUGAGAGACUUGCUACGAAUAGAAAGACCGAGGUUUAUUAAGGUACGGCUGAAGCAACAAACUUUGACCGUGGCGCUGAGCAAGAUCUGAACGAGUUGCACAGGUAGAGGGAUAAUAAAUACCUAUAGUAAUAAUAAAUCUGCUGCUCGGUC